ACUUCUGUCAUAUCGAAUAAUUAUUUUCCUUCGAGUUUUUUACGUUUUGUUUCUAAGCCCAUUCGCAGAAUUCAGAGUUAUUGUAAAAUACGCGUUUCUAGAGCUAGUAACAACGAAACUGAGCCAGCUAUGUGCAUGUAUCCAAUACCAAAUAACUAGACGCGCCGCAGAAUUUAAGAUUAAAAUAAUCGAAACGAGAAAACAAAUUAACAACAAAUGAUGAUCACGUAAUGUAAUCUCGACACGAAGAUUUAUGAAUGCUUUACUCGUCGUUCGACGAUUAUUGGAGGAAUAUUAAUGUAGCUCUCGUUGCUGUCAGCAGCGGAGCGUCGUUCGUACUGUCAUCGAUUUUGACAGUACUCGUGUUUUCGGGAAUGCAGAUUUAUAAAGGAUGGUUAGCAUCGUCGCAGGUAUACACGAUACUGGGAGGAUACAUCGGCUCGUUGCUUUUUAUUUGCGUGUUGACCGCGAUAGGAAACUUGGAGGCAACGAUAUUUGGCAAGUCCUUCCAACAGAAAUUAUUUCCCGAAGUUAUGUUUUCGCUGAUGAUCAGUCUGAUGGCAUCGGGCUUGGUACAUAGGGUGGCGACCACGACGUGCUUCCUAUUUUCUAUGAUAGCCUUGUACUAUAUCAAUAAAAUAUCUCAAGAUGCAUACGUCGCACCAGUGCCGACAGUAUCUUUGCAUACGAAGAAGAGAAAGUAAAUAACCGUAUCAUUGUACGUAACAAAAAUGAAACUCAAACUUUUACAUGAAA